CUACACUUUGAUUAGAUAGUGCGGAAAGAGCCAAGGGAGGUGCAUUUAGCGUUAAGGCGCUAUCUAUUUUUCUUAUCUACAGUGUGAUUGGGGGCCUCAUCAAUUCGUCCCUGCCACUAGUUCUGCCUUUUUGUCUUGGCGAUGUUUGUAAUCAUUUCUUGAGCAUUAUUCAUUGAAAAGGUCUUGGUGAAAAAUUAAGUGAUGUAAAAAAGUUAUAAUUAAUUAGAAAAACAAAGACAACUGAUUACUAGAGGAGGAAAACAACAAUCGCUGCAAAUUGGGUGCGCUAUUAUAAGCUAAGCUACAUGUAAGAGAUGUCUAAAUUCUAUAAAAUAGAAAUAAAUCGCACCGAAUGGGAAAUACCUGAGUUGUAUCAACAGCUGGUGCCAGUGGGGUCAGGGGCUUACGGCCAGGUAUGCAAGGCAUUGGUCAAGGGCACCAAUAUGUAUGUGGCCAUCAAGAAAUUGGCCCGGCCAUUUCAAUCGGCCACCCAUGCCAAACGUACUUAUCGUGAGCUACGUCUACUCAAACAUAUGGAUCAUGAGAAUGUCAUUGGUCUCUUGGACGUUUUCCACCCCCAUCCACCUAAUGUGACAUUGGAAAACUUUCAGCAAAUCUAUUUGGUAACCCAUCUCAUGGAUGCUGAUUUGAACAACAUAAUACCCACUCAACGCCUGUCUGAUGAUCACGUGCAAUUUUUGAUCUAUCAAAUUUUAAGGGGUUUAAAGUAUAUACAUAGCGCUGGCGUUAUACAUCGUGAUCUGAAGCCAUCGAACAUAGCCGUAGACGAGGAUUGUGAGUUGAGAAUUUUAGAUUUUGGCUUGGCUCGACCCACAGAAAAUGAAAUGACCGGUUAUGUGGCAACACGCUGGUAUCGAGCACCAGAAAUAAUGCUCAAUUGGAUGCACUAUGAUCAAACGGUGGACAUAUGGUCAGUGGGAUGCAUUAUGGCUGAAUUACUUACCGGUCGCACCUUGUUUCCUGGCUCUGAUCAUAUACAUCAGCUGAAUUUAAUUAUGGAGAUUUUGGGUACCCCACCAGAUGAUUUCAUGAAGAAAAUGUCUUCGGAAAAUGCUAGGAAUUACAUUGAAUCGUUGCCACCCAUGCAGCGACGCGACUUUAAGAAGCUGUUUAUGGGAGCCAAUCCUUUGGCCAUAGAUUUGUUGGAGAAAAUGUUGGAAUUGGAUGCAGAUAAACGUAUCAAUGCUGAGCAAGCCUUGGCUCAUCCUUAUUUGGCCAAAUAUGCAGUUCCAGCCGACGAAUCAACUUCACCAUUGUACGAUCAAAGUUUUGAAGACAUGGAAUUGCCAGUAGAGAAGUGGAAGGAAUUGAUAUUGAAGGAGGUAAAUGAUUUUAGGCCUCCACCGUCCUUUGCUCAAAUCUUGAAAGACAUUAAAUAAGAAGAAAACAUAUUUAAAUGAAGAUAUAUAUGUAUAUAGAAUACCUAUCACACAUACACCAUACAUACACAAAAAUACACACUCAUAGCUCAAUUGCUUCUAGAGUGUCAUAAUUCAAAAUUGAUAUUUAUAUUAAAAAAAGUGGUCUAGUUAAAAGUAGAAGCGUUGGUUGAAGUUGCAUCUUUUAAAAUAACUUUUCCAACUGUACACUAGUUAUAUUCCUAAUAGAUAGAGCCAGUUAGCUAGCCUACAACCAAAAUAUACACUUUUUACCUUCAACCCACUAAGUGUAGCCUAGAUAGGUUUGUAAGUAGAUAUAGCCCCAAAAAUAUAAAUCGCAAACAGGAUUUGACUUCAUAACCCCAUGUAGGCACCAAAUUUUGUACGAUUGCGUUGAAAUUUGAACGUGCAAUACACUUACGACCUACAAUAACACCACAACGAAUCCCACCCGGACAGGUCCUUAAAUAAAUAAAACCCCCUUAAAAACCGAUCCACCCAUUUGAUUUCUCAAAAUCUUAGAAGCCUCAAUCAACUACCGUUUGGAUUUUCUAAUAAAAAACAGACUUAAGUUGAAUUCAUUCGUAUAAAUGUUUAACGGAAUUCACGGUGGUGCUUCCCCCAGAUCCUGUGGAAACGCAGGAAGAUUUCUUUCACUUCAAUGAGUGCUUCUAUUCAAGUUUUAGCUCAAUGUUAAAGGACCUCUUUUCAAUAGCCGACCCUACGGCUGAACUUCAACUCUGUUUAGAAAAGUUUAACAUUGCUAAGAUAACCACCGAAGAAAUUUUUUCUGAUGUUCUCAGCAAGAAUUUUACUUAGGCGGGCAUAAGCGAUUUCACUAAAACACAGUUCCUCAAAGUGCUGCAUGUAUACGCUCCUUCGCCUUCGGCAGUAUAGCGACUCAUUCUUCCCGCUACCAAUUCUCAAAAGCAUUCGGAACUUCCCCUUACCUUAAUUUCCAAAUACUCCAUACCUCGGAGAUGGCAUCCUAUUGGGUUGCCCAAAAAGUAAUUGCGGAUUUUUUAAGAGAAAGUAAAUGCAUUUUUAAUAAAACUUAGAAUGAACUUUAAUUAAAUAUACUUUUUUUACACUUUUUUUCUAAAGCAAGCUAAAAGAAAAAGCUGAUAACUGACAGAAGAAAGAAUGCAAUUACAGAGUCACAAGCUGUGAAAAAAUUUGUCAACGCCGACUAUAUGAAAAAUCCGCAAUUACUUUUUGGGCAACCCAAUAGUACCCGUAGCACUAAUUUGUAAUAUAAAUUUGGGAUCAAACGGACAUGCUUACCGACUAAGACAAUAUGGGAAUCAAAAAAAAGUUAUUUAUUUAAAAGCGCUCAACUAUCUGGGUGUCUGGCUCAUAAAACCUUCUAAAUGGACAACUAGGCCGAUCGCGUCAAUAUGGAAAUCAAAUGAACGGUUGUUGUUCUUGUAACCAAGGGAUGCAAUUUGUGUAAUUUAAAUUUAUUUUCGGGUUGUUCUUAAGGCUCAGUUAAUCCAAAUAUUUAGUUGGGUAAUCCUUUCGUGAACUUCAGCUUGGGAUAAGGCUUGCAACUAACACUCAUAGGGAACCUGGGAGAUAUAUAGCCAAAAUCCUUGUACAUUAUGGAAUAACUUCAGAAUUUCUACUUUUUCUCCUUCCCAAAGCUAUAGCGACAUCUUCUGAUACUUUUUAAUGAGGUUUAGUACGAUGAUCUGAGAGAAUCAGACUAAUAAAUCUAUAUCUUUAGCCAGCGUUUAAUGCCCCUAGGAGCAUGUUUUGGAUAAUUCUCAUUCAUAAAUAGGAAAGAAAAUGCCAUAUAGUAAUGCGAAAAUGCGUUUAUUGUAUUUUUCAUUAUACCUCUAUGAAAAUUGUGAUUUAUUCUUUAGAGAAUUCUUAGUUUAAGGAACCAUGCCAUACCAUGAAAAGAGCCCCAAAACUAUUAUGUAGUCUCCAUCACAAUUUAUGGCCUUUAAAGUAUACUAAAGGUGAAGUUUCUUGUUUGGAGACGUCGCAUAUAUUUUUGUUACCACCUAAGAAACUAGAAACUUGUCUCUAAAUAUACUUUAAAGGUCAUAAUUAUUGAUGGAGGAUAAUGGUUUUGAGGGCUUUAUCAUGGUAGGGUGUGCAUAAGCUUAACCCCCAGAAAGCUGGACUGGCAUCGCGAAUGGUGGUGUGGUACCUUAGAGAAUGGAUUGCCAUUGGCAUAAAGAUGUAAUGGAAAAUGCUAUGAAAGCAUUUGCGGAUAACUACAUAUUGGGUUGCCCAAAAAGUAAUUGCGGAUUUUUCAUAUAGUCGGCGUUGACAAAUUUUUUCACAGCUUGUGACUCUGUAAUUGCAUUCUUUCUUCUGUCAGUUAUCAGUUGUUACUUUUAGAUUGCUUAAAAAAAGUGUAAAAAAAGUAUAUUUGAUUAAAGUUCAUUCUAAGCUUUAUUAAAAAUGCAUUUACUUUUUUUUUUUAAAUCCGCAAUUACUUUUUGGGCAACCCAAUAGAAGCUUAAUUAGUUUUUAAGAAAUAAGGAUUUCUUGACCACUCCUAAUAGCCAACAUAAAAGUGCGAAUUUUGAACUAUGACACGAUUAAAGUAAGCAUGCGAUAUUCUAUAAAUAAAAAAUAAAAGUUAACGCAGGGAUAGUAUUGGAGAAUUGAUUGUGAUAUUUAUAUUCGAGAGAGAUGUAAAAAAUAAGAUAGUUUUGAAAACUUUUUGAAUCGAGAUCUAUGUAUGUAUGAUUUUUAAAAGCUGUAUAAACGUUAAAUUCAACUUGAAAGAUUUUUCAUAUAUUGCAAAAAUCUAAAUACUCUUGCUCAUCUACAUCUACAGUUUAACACAUGUGAUAAGACGAAAUUUCGAAGGCCUUAAACGACAAUGAAUUUAUGGUAAAGACAUCUACAUAUAUUAACUGGAGCCCACAAACUCAGUUGAAGGAGAUGCAUAUCAUGUAUCGACUUACAAAUAAAUAUUAAAAAAAAAAUACAUAUUUGAUGUUAUAUAGAUAGCCCCAUAUCUUUUUUGAUGUUUUUUGUUAAAUCCCAUUGAAGCGAAAUUAUAAUAAAACACAAUGUACCUUUAUACUAAUACCAAAAAUUUUCUGCAAUAUUAGUGCAACACAAUUUUGCUUACUGUUAUUUAUCCACACAAGUUUAUGCCAUAUAUGUAUGUGAACAAUGAAGACGAUUUAUGUAUAAUAAAAUGUAUGCAAUUUUUUGUGAUGUUUAAAA